GACGGUGACACCUCUUGCCCCUCUUUCUCUCUUCUAUUCUAGUUCAGUUUGAAGGUUUUUGAAUUGUUGUGAGGAGAUGAGGUAGGGAUCUCCAGCAACCAAAUCUAUGGACAAUUCCAAGGUUCAAGAGAUCAUAGAGAAGCAAGUCUUGACGGUGGCCAAAGCUGUCGAAGACAAGAUCGAUGACGAGAUACAUGCCCUAGAUCGCCUCGAUCUCGAUGAUAUCAAUGUCCUCAGAGAGCGUUGCCUCCAACAGAUGAAGAAAAUGACAGAGAAGCGGAGUCGUUUGAUCGCCCUCGGCCAUGGCGAGUACUCCGAGAUCCCCGCCGAAAAUGACUUCUCCUCCGUUGUCAAAGCCAGCGACCGCGUCGUCUGCCAUUUCUAUCGCGAGAAUUGGCCUUGCAAGGCGAUGGACAAGCACUUGAGUAUAUUGGCAAAACAGCACAUAAUGACAUGUUUCGUGAAAAUACAUGUUGAGAAAAGUCCAUUCUUGGCUGAGAAGCUCAAGAUUGUUGUCCUUCCAACCCUUGCCUUUGUAAAUAGUGCCAAAGUGGACGAUUACGUGGUAGGAUUUAAUGAGCUUGGUGGGACGGAUGAGUUCAGCAUAGAGAAACUGGAAGAGAGGUUGGCUAAAGCUCAAGUUAUCUUUUUUGAGAGCGAAUCAUCUCUAAAUCCAUCAAAGUCCAGUGCAAAAUCCAGGAGCGUUAGACAAAGCUCAAAUUCGCACUCGUCAGGUUCAGAUUCUUAGUAAUAUUACAUAGAUUGCCUCUUGUUGUAAUUCCCUUUGCUUUUUGGUGUGAAGAGUCUGCUGUGAGGCUUGACAUCAUCAUCCUAUCUUAUAUUUAGAGAACUUGAAAGAGUGUUUCAGGGGCCAUUGGAAGUUGGUAUUAUUAUCAGCUUAUUUUGGUUCGAAAUUCAGUUGGUUAUGUAAGAUCCAUUCUAUCACCUCAAAACCAUCCCUUGGAUGGUUAUCGCGUGUGAUUGUGUUCCUUUCUAUCAAUUUGAUUUUGCUUCGCAUCUGGGUUACAAA